AUGGACUCAUCAUCAUCCAAAUCGAAGCAAAUCCAUGAUAAUUCUCGAAUCAUCGUCCCUGAACCGUUGGAUCAUUGGCAUUUUCUGGAUGAAAUCGAAGCACCUAUGUGGUUUGAUCUCAGCUUGUGUGAUUCGAAAAAUAACGAUGAAAUAUUGUAUGCUGAAUUCCGAUGUUAUUAUUUGUUUUGUUGUAGUGAUGAUGACGACUCGUGGUUUGAGAUAAGUCAUGAGUUUCAUCAAUGUUCCUCAAGCCAUUUGAUUUCUAAAAUCUUUCAUCCUAAAAGCUCGAUAAGCAUACAAGAACCUCCUUCACCAAAGAUUCCUUCCUCGGUGUCAAAGUCUCGAGGUAAAAGCUACAAGUUAAAAGAGUGGGAGCAGAGGAAGUGCAAGGCUGCCUCUAACAAGCAACAGCCAGUCAAAACCUUAACUAGGAAGGCUUAUGAAAGUAGAGGAUCUAGUAACAUGACGAAAACUGUUACCACGGUUAAAAAGUUGAAAGGAAAUGAAGGCCCAAAAGCAAGUUCUAGCUGUGAAAGUGGUCUCACUAACAACUCUAAGUCGAAAGUUUCGAUAACCAGUUUGUCGUCUGUAACAAGACAAGAGCAACACAAUGAGAGCAGUUCAAGGAGCACAAUUACAUCGGAUAACAGUGGCCAGAAUGAAAAGAAGAGCUUGGAGUCAUCUUGUCAAACAUCAAGUCAAACUGGUGGGCUAUUGGCAUCAUUGAGGGUCAAUCUCAGAAAAAGUUGUGCCACGAGACCGGCAGCAAGGGUUGUAGCUAAUGGUGGGAGGAGCUCAGUAGGCUGCAAAUCUUCUUCAAGUAAAUCAAGUGUGGGGUCCACUUUGGACCAAGGUUCGAAUAGUAAGAGUUCCAUUCCUGGAAAUGUGCAGAAGAGUAUUAUGGGAGUCUCUCGGCCAUUGAAGGACAAAGCAAAAGUUCAAAACCCUACAAAGCCCUCUGCGUUAAAUGUUCAGAGUUCGUCUAAUAGACAAGUAAACAAAUCGCUUACUUCCAAAGUAACAGCCAAUGGAAAGGUUCAACAGCAUACAUUGCAUAGAAAAGCUUUGAUUCCACUUAAGGUUAAUGAACAGAAUCAGACGAUCAAUAGAGUAACUAAGAAAGUAGGUAUUGGCAGGCGUACUACUUCUCUACCUGGUAUUAAAGAAACUGCAUUGGCAUCAACGAUUACAUGUGAGAAACCCAAAUCUAUUGAUAAGACUGUUAAAUCUGUUGCGAAUAUACAUAGAGCAUCUAAGCCAAUUGCUGCACAGAAGAGGGACAGUAAAAAGCUAAUUGACCAAAAGGAAAAAACCAACAACCGGAGCAGGGACAAGGAUACUGUGAAGCCAGCUCAAAAGGUCUACUUUCGGUAGGAAAAUUUGGCAUAAGUGUAUAGUGUAAACUUCUUUUCUGGUUACUGGAAGUGUUGCAAGAUCCAUCUCGAUAAUGGGUUCUUCACAUUUUGUUGGUACCACUCUUCUGAUAGAUGAAAGUCUCUGGCUGCAUAGAUUUACUUUAUGCUGAAAUGAGUUUAAGACAUGCAUAUUCUGAGUAUAGUAUCUGAGAAGGCUACAGUUUUCUAGUCACUUGCUAGCAUCCCUAAUGCAGUAAUGCCAUUUGUGGUUCACUAAUCAAAUAUGUAUGUCACCAUUACAUUGUUAUAGGAUAAAUCUAGUCAACCUAAAAUUUUGGGACAACCUUAAAGUGUUGAUUCUAACCUCGUUUUGGUUAACCUUAAUCCUCGACCAGUGGUAAUUUCUAAACCCAAAUAGAAGGGUUUUACAAUUGCAU